AUGGAGUCCUUUGGUGAAGAAUUUACCACCUUCAAUUCUCUACUCAUUGGUUGCCUCAAACAACGCUCGUUUGGAUCGUUUUGCAAGACACCAUUUCAAAAUUUUGAUGACGACUUCCAACACCACCAAAGAGCAAAAUGUAUAUAUACAGCCAGCAGUGAGCGGACUUUUCAAGAGCCCAGACUCACCGGGGUCAUAUCUCCACACUUCCAAUCGCACGAAUCAUCUUUGACACCGGAACCAUUAUCCACGAAGCACACCAGCCUCGUUCAUUCGUAUAGGUAG